AAACGGAGCCUGUGCGGAGAGGAGCAAGUCGGUGGCCGUUGUGUGGAGACUGUGUGUGCGUUAGAAGUACCCAUGGAGAACAGUGAAAACUCAGUGGAUGCAAAAUCCAUUAAAAAUUCCGAAACAAAGAUCUUCCAUGGAAGCAAAUCAAUGGACUCUGGAAUAUACAUGGACAACAGUUACAAAAUGGAUUACCCUGAAAUGGGUUUAUGUAUAAUAAUUAAUAAUAAGAACUUUCAUGAAAGUACCGGAAUGCCGUCUCGGUCUGGUACAGAUGUGGAUGCGGCGAACCUCCGAGAAACAUUCACAAACUUGAAAUACGAAGUCAGGAAUAAAAACGAUCUUACACGCGAACAAAUUGUGGCGUUGCUGGACAGUGUUUCUAGAGAAGAUCAUAGCAAAAGGAGCAGUUUUAUUUGCGUGCUUCUAAGCCACGGUGAUGAAGGAAUCAUUUAUGGAACAAACGGACCUGUUGACCUGAAAAAAUUAACAGGUUUCUUCAGAGGGGAUUAUUGUAGAAGUCUAACCGGCAAACCCAAACUCUUCAUUAUUCAGGCCUGCCGAGGCACGGAACUGGACUGCGGCAUUGAGACUGACAGUGGUACUGAGGAUGACAUCGCCUGUCAGAAAAUACCAGUGGAAGCCGACUUCUUAUAUGCGUAUUCCACAGCCCCUGGUUACUACUCCUGGCGAAAUUCCAAGGAUGGAUCCUGGUUCAUCCAGUCACUUUGCUCGAUGCUCAGACUGUAUGCUCACAAGCUUGAGUUCAUGCACAUUCUUACUCGGGUUAACCGAAAGGUAGCUCUAGAAUUUGAGUCCUUUUCUCUUGACUCUGCUUUUCAUGGAAAGAAACAGAUUCCAUGUAUUGUGUCUAUGCUCACAAAAGAACUAUAUUUUUAUCACUAAAGGUGGAUGAUUUUUUUUUUUUAGUUUGUAUGCCAAGGGAGGAAAAGGUUUAACUGCUUUGUUUUCCUCUCUCAUUUAGAUCUAAUCUAAUACUUCAAGUGGUAUUUUGGAACAUGGCACUUUCAUAGCAGCAGAAUUAUGAGGCUACCUCAAACUCAGAAUCAGGUAGUUGAAAUCAAACUUAAUUAGGGAUAAAUAAAAGUGAAUAGUGGCACAA